AAACAAUUGACAAAUAUAAAAUUCGCAACAAACAACCUUAUAGUGCAACAGACUAUCAAAAUGUUAAUAUUACAUUUAUCCGUAUUUUAUUAAUAUUUCUUUCUUUUUCUUCAAGUUAAAAUUAAAAUGACCGAAAGAUUAAGAAAAAUGUGUUUUUUAAGGAGUUAUAGUUUGAUUGUUUCAUUAUUAUUAAUACUGUUUUUUUCGACAACUAUUUCGGCAAGAUACGUUGAAGGACACAUUAAAACACUUGAGGAUUGGGUUUUCCUUGCACGUUUUUGUUUCCUGUCUGGAAGAGGAAGGUAUGAAUAUCAUAUUGAAUUUGAGAGGCGUUAUGGAGAACCACAAUUGUUGUUGUAUUAUGAUGAUGAAAGCCAGUGGCCGGCUAUUUACAAAACUGGAAAGACCUGUGCUGAAAGAGUGAGUGUUCUUCAUCCCCAAGACAACCAGAUCGUGACACUUUCUGCAAAAAGUCCCUACAACAUUCUGUCAGGAUGCGCCUUAAGGACAUCCAGUUCCGAUAAGGACACCACAUUAAAACCCAACAUUGAAAUUCCAAUAGAAAAGCCUCUUUCUGGUGAAAUAAAUGCAUCUUACUUUGAUCAAUUUUUGGAAACAUCAACAGAACCCUUCACUUUGGGAGAUUUUGAAAUAUUCAACACUAGUUAUUCGAUUUUUAAUGAUACAGAAGUUUUCAACCAAACCCAAAGGGUAAAUUAUAUACCAUUUGGCUCGGAUGUGAAUGGAUUUGAAAAUAAUAUUGAAAAUGAUACAUUAACUAAUUUGGAAGAUGUUGAAGAGCUUUUCGGUGAGGAAUUUCAAAUAAAUGGAACUAAUAUUCGAAUAAAACGUGGAUUUGGAUCAGCUCGAAAUACUUUUAUUGUUACGUGUCAUAGUUCUGGGGGUUUUUUGACUUCACGUGAACGUUGGUGGUACAUUGCUAUUUCCAAUUGUGGCAGCAAGAACGGAAUUGAUGUUAAAUACAAAUUUCGUAUGACAAACGGUCCACCUGGAGACUUUUGGCAUGAACAUUUCUCGGCAGAUGAAAUGUACAUACCUCCAAUCCUGCUGGCAGAAGCUCUUGUUUAUGUAUUCCUCCUGCUGGCUAUCCUGAUCUGUGCUAUUGAGCUGAAAAAUCGCCACCUGUUUCACUGUACUUAUCGUCUCUUUGCAAUGAGUGCAAGUUUUCAAUUCUUCGGAGUGCUAUUUCUUGGUGUUGCCUGGUCAAGAUAUGCAGUACAUGGUGUUGGCCCUUACACCGGUCUGGGAACAGUUCUCUUAGCUGCUGCAGAAAUUGUAUUCCUUGUUCUGUUGUUGCUCAUGGCCAAGGGAUAUACCAUCACUCGAGCUCGAAUCUCAACAUGUUCCACCAUUAAAAUGACGCUUUUUAUUAAUCUCUACAUUGUGUUCUACAUGUCCCUGUUCAUAUAUAGAGAGGAGGUAUUUGAUCCGGGAGAAGUAUUGAAUUUGUAUGAAUCACCUGGAGGUCUAGGAAUUGCUCUAUUACGAUGUGGAUCAUGGGGUGCGUUUCUCGUUUCGAUUAUCAACACAACAAGGAAGUUUCCAGAGAAAUCAGUAUUCUACUAUCCCUUUGCAGUUCUCGGAUCGAUGUGGAUACUUGGUGGACCGAUUUUGACUUUUAUUGGUAUUGUGUUCUUCGAUCCGUGGGUCCGUGAGAGUGUCAUGUGUGGGGUUUUCACUAUUCUCAGUAUUUCGGGGCAUGCUUCUUUUCUCUGGCUUACCUGGCCAUCGAGGGCUAACAUAAGCUUCCCCUAUCAUGUGAGAACUAAUCAUGUUGGUGUAAUGUCAGCAUCGGAUGAUGGUGCCGACUAUCCGCGACAUGUUUACGAACCAAGUCAGGGCGGAAAUAAUCAGAGCAUUAUAAUUCCACUCUCCCGGCGUACAGAAGAACUACUUAAUGGUGUUUACAGUCAGUAUUUAUGCGAGCGUCAGUGUUAUAACUCUGCAUCCACCCCACUAAGUCAUAUAUCAUUUCCCAAUGGAACAAAUCCAAAUAAAACGAUCAUUCAAAGUAAUAACAUUCAAAACAUCGAGAGCAAUACGAUUCCUGAGGAACAACAUGAUUCGGGACAUCCUUCUUUGGAAGAUAUUCCUAGCACAUCAAGUGGAAAGUCUUCUGAAGACAAUAAGCCAGAACCAUCAGCGCCACCUGUUUCAGAUACUUCAAAAACUUCAUCGGCAGGAUCCAACACAUCGAAAAGGAAUCCUUUUAUUAUUAAUACAGCAUUAAAGCCACCGAAUAAGAUCAUUUUGGAUCCAAUUGAUCCACCUGUACAAACAAAUCGAUUCGGCGAUGUUCCUGCACACCUAUUUGCUGCACGAAAAAGUUCAAAUUCAAAAUAAAAAUAUGUUUAUAAUAAACAAAUAAUUUAUAAAAAUCUUUUCUUGAAAUUGCAAUAAAAGUUUAAAACUUUCUUUACUUUAGAAAUAA